AUGGAACUCGUUGACUACGAUCUUAAAACUUCCAUGCAGACAAUGCACAGCAACAAACAGUUGUUCUCAGUUGAACACGUCAAAUGCUUAAUGAAGCAACUGUUGAGGGCGGUGCAACACCUUCAUGACCAUCACGUUAUGCAUCGCGACCUCAAAACAAGUAAUAUCUUGCUGUCGAACGAAGGUAUCCUGAAAGUGGCCGAUUUCGGGAUGGCCCGAGAAUACGAACUUAAUCCUCGGCUAUAUACGCCAGCUGUAAUGACACGCUGGUACCGGGCACCUGAAAUACUGCUGCUGCUGAAAGAAUACUCCUACCCUGUCGACAUGUGGAGUAUUGGGUGCAUCUUCGCUGAAUUGGUUACCUUGCGGCCACUGUUUCCCGGCUCAUCUGAAUUGGAUCAGAUGACCAAGAUAUUUAAGACUUUGGGGACGCCCUCAGAUUCAAUUUGGCCGGGUUUCAGCGAAUUACGAAUGGUGAAAAAUAUUAUGUUUGACAAUUAUCCUCCGGGCGGGUUGCGCAAAAAAAUAAGUCAGGAGCUGCUUUCAGAAGAUGGGCUCUCUUUACUACAAAGCUUUUUGACAUUUGAUCCAUCAAAAAGAAUCACAGCAGCCGCUGCUUUAGAGCACGCGUACUUCAAUGAGCAGCCGGUGGCGGUGGAGCCGGCCAUGUUCCUGACGUUACCCGCUCGCGGCGCUGUCAGGCCCGGGUGA